AUGAGUAAGAAUGGAUUUGAUAAACAUACCAAUCUCGUGGAAGCACCUCGAUUGUCAGAGUAUAAUUUCAGUAUAGAUGCAUCGGGGAUCGUAUCAGAUAUUGGAAGAAUCAAGGAAACCAAGUGGCCCAAGCCUAUACAAACUGAUCAUUCUCAAAGGAAUCCAAACUUGAUGUGUAAGUAUCAUGGCACACAUGGUCAUAGGACCGAAGACUGCAGGCAGCUGAGAGAAGAAGUAGCUCGAUUGUUCAACGAGGGUCAUAUUCGAGAAUUUCUUAGUGAUCGAGCUAAGAACCACUUCAGGGAAAGAAAUGCAAACAGGAAAAAUGAGCAGGAAGAACUGCAACAUGUAAUUCAUAUGAUCGUAGGCGGCAUCGAUGUUCCACAAGGGCCUAUAUUCAAAUGCACCAAGGUGUCGAUCACCAGAGAAAAAUGGACUCGGAGCUACGUGCCCAAGGGCAUCCUAUCAUUCAAUGACGAGGAAGCGGAAGGCAUAUCUCAGACACAUAAUGACGCCCUGCUCGGCCUACAGGAUCAAAUUAUAGCUGCAUCCCGAGUCCUAAAUGCCUUCAACAUGGCAAGCAAAACAACAAAUGGGGAGAUCAUCCUACCAGUGAAUGUGGUCGGAACCAUUCAAGAUACGAAAUUACAUGUCAUCGAAGGCGACAUGAGGUAUAAUGCACUUCUCGGAAGGAGUGAAAACGGUCUAUGGAGAACAACAUGCCGCAAAGGAAAUGUUUGCAGUCAAUGA